GCCAGGGGGGUCGGGGAUCGACGAUUUGGGCUUAUAUGGUGGGGGGUUCUUGAGCUCAAUCGCCCAUGGCGGUAACGUUGUAGCUGGCAUUGUGGUGGGAUGAUGUCGAGGAGUGCGCGUCGCGAUGGUGGUUGAUUGACCUGGAGGCUUGAAUGUUGAAGGUGAUGUCUAGAUUGAAUGGCGUCCGUGCUUUAGGAUGGAUUUCAGGAAGCUUCUUGGCGGACCAUGCUUGUUCCCGUGUCAGUGGAACCCCGUUGCUGUUCUGGACCCGCUCCCCCACUCCCCACAGAACCAAUUCUCCACAUUGGCUUUGACUUGGAAUUGGCCCUGGCGCAAUUUGAAUUUCAGGGGCCUCCAUUGUUGAACAACUGCCCGAAGAGAGAUCCACGCAACCACCCGACUCAGGCGGAUCGGAACCGACUAAACGCAUCUAUCGAGCUCCCGGCAGAGCCGCAAGUUAAAACCGCCACCGACUUUGCGACCGUUGAGCGUCCGACGUUGUGCUGAAUCUCGAAUUGGAUAGCAAGAACGGUAAUACCGGUGGUUCCAAAGUCCGGUACUUUCUGGGGCGCCCGAGCCAGACAACAACGAAACAAAACCAACACCAACUCGGGCUCUUAACAACAAUACAAGAAUAGUGACGCGACGAGAUCGAAAGCUACAAGCAUCCAUCUUGCCGGCUUGACUUCCACGCGCGAACCGAACAAGCAAUCGCCUUGGAGUCCAGAACUUGCCGAACCCAGCUUCAGCUUGGCGCGUCUAUCAUAAAGAGAACGAGAGACACGGAAACGACUACGAAAGCAGAGCAUUUCCAGGGCUUGGUGUGAGGGGUCCGCCCCGUUGUUGUAUCAAAUUAUUUUGUGAGAGAAAAGAAGGAACAAUCCGAGAUAGCAAACAUGGCGAGCGCACAGGGAGGAGAUUCGAAGCUUUUUGCUCGGGGCAAAGUCGCUGAGCUCCGCCUCGAGUUGAACAGCGGCAGCAAAAAGGACAAGAAUUUCACGACGAAAAAGAUCGCGCUGAAAAAGAUUGUUGCCAAUAUGACCAUGAGCAACAACGAUAUGGUGGCCCUGUUUCCAGAUAUUAUUGGGUGCAUGGGCAUUCAGAAUCUCGAAAUCAAAAAGAUGUGCUUCUUGUUCUUGGUCAACUAUGCGAGAAUGCGCCCCGAGGUAGCAGUGAAGGCGAUUCCUGUUCUGGAACAUGACAUGGAAGACCCUAACCCUCUUGUAAGAGCGCUGGCCUUGCGGACAAUGUCUUAUAUCCAUGUGCGAGAGUUUGUCGAGGCCACAGUGCCCAUUGUUAAGCAGCUUCUCCGGGAUUCUGAUCCGUAUGUGCGCAAGACGGCUGCGUACACUGUCGCCAAGUUGUAUGAUCAUGACAGGCACAUGGUGGAAAAGUCAGACUUGAUCGACAGGCUAAACGGCCUGCUGAGGGAUGACAACCCGACAGUAGUUGCCAGCGCCUUGGCCGGGCUGAUGGAUAUCUGGGAAAGAAGCGACGCCAUCAAACUUACCAUUGAUUACAGCAAUGCGUCCAAAAUGGUUGCCAUUCUGCCAGAUUGCUCAGAAUGGGGCCAAACAUACAUCUUGGAAGCCCUCAUGUCGUAUGUUCCACAAGAAGCAGGGGAAGCUACCCUGUUGGCGGAGCGUAUAGCACCUCGACUUUCUCACUCCAACUCGGCAGUUGUCCUCACCUGCAUCAGAGUAAUUCUCUAUCUGAUGAACUACAUUGCCGACCAAAAACAGAUCUCCGCCCUCUGCAGGAAACUGUCACCACCGCUCGUCACUCUGUUGGCCAAGGGACCCGAGGUUCAGUACCUGGCCUUGAGGAACGCCCUGUUGAUCCUACAGCGCCGCCCCGAAGUCUUGCGCAACGACAUCCGCGUCUUUUUCUGCAAAUACAACGAUCCCAUCUACGUCAAGGUCACCAAGCUCGAGCUCAUCUUUAUGCUGGCCAACGAAAAGAACAUUGACGAAGUCCUGACCGAAUUGCGAGAGUACGCCACCGAAAUCGACGUUCACUUUGUCCGCAAGGCUGUCAGAGCUAUCGGAAAGCUUGCCAUCAAGAUUGAACCCGCCGCGCGCCGGUGCAUCAACCUGCUGCUGGAAUUGGUGUCAACAAAGGUUACUUAUAUCGUCCAAGAAGCCACGGUCGUCAUCCGCAAUAUCUUCCGCAAAUACCCCAACCAGUACGAGUCCAUCAUCGGCACCCUGUGCGAGCAUCUCGACAGCCUCGACGAACCAGAAGCCAAGGCGGCCAUGGUCUGGGUCAUUGGCCAGUACGCCUCCCGCAUCGAGAACUCGGACGUGCUGCUGGAAGACUUUUUGGACUCGUUUGCCGAAGAGCCCGUUGAGGUUCAACUCGCCCUUUUGACCGCUACAGUCAAGCUGUUUAUCCAACGGCCGACAAAGGGCCAGGAUUUGGUUCCCAAGGUUCUCAAAUGGGCCACCGAGGAAACAGACAACCCCGACCUGCGAGACAGGGCGUACAUGUACUGGAGACUGCUGUCGACAGACAUGGAGGCGGCCAAAAGGGUGGUCAUGGGCGAGAAGCCAGCCAUCACUGCCGAGAGCGAGAAGCUGGACCCGCAAACCCUCGAGGAGAUGUGUCUGAACGUGGGCACUCUGGCUACAGUGUAUCUCAAGCCGGUGCAGACUGUGUUCAGGAAUGCGCGACCCAAGAAGUUGCACGACAGCCCGUGCCUGCAACGUCAGGAGGUGGCCGUUCCUGGUUUGAGGCAGCCGGGGGAUGACGGGAACAAGAGUUUGAGCGGGUUCGGGUUCGGUAGUGACAAGGCGGUCCAGAGGCAAGGGAAUAUGAGUGCGGCCGUAUCAGACGCAGAUGCCUACUUUGCGCAGCAACACACCAGACAACAAGAUGGAUUUGGGGAUCAGGGGCAUGGAGGCGGGUAUGUGGUCAGCCAGUUUGACGCCCAGGUACCAGUCUACUCUGCACAGGGCCAGCCAAACAAUGCCGACCUUUUGCUGUGAUUCGAGUACAUGUGUCGACAAAGGACAGGUUGUCUGCAUGAGAAAUGAGCGCAAGAUGAUACAUUGCAUUAGUUAAUACCAUAAUUCGUUCUACAUUAGAUCCUUCACCAUAAUUGUCGGCCGUAAUCC